AUGGAUGGGAAAAUUCGAGAAAAGAUGCAAUACAGUAAUUUCAUAGCGCUUUGUGUAUUUGGUUACGGCGUAGCGCAAAGUGUUCCAAGGGUGAUAAUAAUCAUAGCCAGUGAAGACAUUAUGGCAGGAACAUUGAUACAGACGUCAGUGUCGAUGAUUCUGUUUAAUAUUGCCWCAACGUUCUCCAAAAUAUGCAGUCCCUUUCUGAUCAGGAAGAUUUCAUUUCUCCUAAGUAUUGUUGUCCUUUCCUUGGUUUGGCUGAUCUCAUACAUGCUCKUAGUAGCAUCUGACAACGUAGUAAUUCGACUUGUUGGAGUAUUSUCUUAUGGUAUUUGGGAUGGUUUUGCUGAUGCUUUGAUAAUGUUGCUGUUGGGCCACUAUAAUGAAAUAUAUAAAAACGUAAGCGCAUAUAAAUUUGGUUUGGGUGUCUCAAAUCUUUUGGGUGGACUCCUUUAUAUUGGACUAACUGUGUGGAAGUGCUUUUCACCUCGAACAGCUAUCGCCUUCUUAUUUCCACUAGCAUUUUUGUCCGUCGUCUUUUAUGGAAUUCUAAACCAUGGCCCCUUGAAGGAUUAUCAAAUGGAUAUCCAUACACCAGAUCAUGACUACCAACCGUUAUCCUCAGAGGAAACCUUCGAAAACCAAGAUCUACUCCAUCAGUUUAUUGAACACCUUCAAUUUCUUUUGAAAAUCUUUCCAUUUGCAAGCUAUUGCUUCCUCUCUAUGGUCAUCUAUUUUGUUGCUGCCAACUCGGUKCUCACCACUCUGACAUUCCCAUCAGCACCAUUUGAUGUGCGCAACCAUUACCAGUACUACAGAAUGGCUGGCGAUAUAGGAUUAGUGUUUGGAGGGAUGGAAUUAAUGUUGGUUUCACGUCUCUUCCCAAAAAGGGUCAACACUUUUUUUAGUCAGAACAUUUGGAUUCUUAUUAUGGUCAGUUUAGGUCAUGUGAUAUUUUUUGUCGUUGCAUCAUGGUAUCGUUUUGUCCCAAGUGUUUAUGUAAUAUUGCUGUUAAGUGUUACACAUGGCUUCUUAGUGANGGGUUUGGGCUAUAAUCCCAGAGAGUUUGGUUUACAUAGUCUGAGAUCGGGGGGUAUAUCGUCUGUAGUAAACACCACCAAUAGUACUAUAUCUGAAAGACUGUUAAAGUUACAUGGAAGGUGGAAAACCGAUAUUGCCAAGGAUAUGUAUGUUCACGAAGAUAUUAAGAGAAGAUUACAA